UACAUAACAUGCUAUGGAUUUCAAUUAUAUUUGUUUAUUGUUGAAUCUCAACAUUGCAUUUUGUCAUUCGUCGUUCAGCAGUAUCCAGGUAUUGUAACCGACAACUUAAAUAGAAAACAGAAUUAGUAGCUACUGUUAUAAGUAAGUAUAUUUAUAAAAAUAUUUUGAAUUAAAAUUAUAUUCGAUCUACAGAAGUUAUGAACACACGGAGGUAGUCUUUUUCUAACUUUUUUCUCACUUCAACUACCAGCCCACGGCGAGCAACGUCAAACAAAUCAUCCUAUCAUAGGAGAGGGAUGUGGGGCACACAUGUCGAGUCUUUUACCAGCGAGAACAACACGAAGUAUAAGUUGUCUUCAUCGGAAUCGUAUUGGCAAACCCAAAAUCAUUUAUCGUUAAAUAUUCUCAUAAUCUAUUUAGACUAUUUGAUAAUAGAAUACAAUAAAUAAGAUGAGUGCUUCCAAUAUGAUGAGUGAAAUCAAAACAGGCAAGCAAAUCAAGAGGACUGAGGAAUAUCCCACAAUUGUGAAAAGUUAUGCGCGUGAAAGUCCAAGUGGAAAAAGAGAAAAAAAAAGGAUUUGCAAAGCUUUACCUAAAGAUGGAAAUAACGGAACUCAACAGAAGAAGUUGAGCAAAAAUACGGCAAAAAAACGUAAACGCGCUCAGCAAAUGGAAUCAAUCACAAGCGUCAAUGAAACGGUAACUCAGUAUGAAAGUCUACCGAAAAAUACUAAUUCAAAAGUGGUACCAAAUGAAAUUAUCAAUUCUACUGAUGGACCUCAUAAUAGUGGUCAAACAACAUCGAAUAAUUACAAGUCUUCAGAUCAUAAUGGAACCAAAAAUUUUGAAAUAAAAACUAAUGUGAUUAUAAGUAAAGAUAAAAACGAAAAGGUUUUGGAAGAUUUAAACGUGCCAAAAAUCCAAACCAAAGGAAAUGGAAAUUGUGUAAUUAAAGAAGUUGACGAAAAUCUGUUCAAUUUACCUAGAGACAUUGCUCUAGCCCAUUGUAUUGCAGAAGAUUUACGUAUGGAAAGAGGAGUCGCGGUUCAAUUCAAACGUUAUUUUGGAGGCAUUGGACAACUUAUGGACCAAAAACUUACCGUAGGCGAUGUUGGAGUGGUGGUUAAAAACGAAACAGAAUAUGCUUUUUAUCUGGUGACAAAAAAUUAUUGUAACGGCACGUCGACAAUGUUAUCAUUGUCACAUGCAUUAAAGUCGCUCGUAGAAAAAAUGCAAGAAAAGAAAAUAAUCAAACUAGGCAUUCCUCAAAUUGGCUGUGGAACAGAUGGAUUGGAGUGGUCAAAAGUUAAACCACUCAUUGAAGAUAUUUUUGCCGAAUCCGGAAUCGAAAUAACUGUUUGUUUACCAACAAAAAUAUUCUAUCGUCCAUUACCACCUCAAAUGAAAGUGUAUAUAACACCUAAGAAACUAUUGGAAUUUCAUAACAAGCUAAGUGACUUAUUAUUACUGAUUGAUAUUGAACAAAUAAAAUCAAAUCAUUUGAAUAAUGAUUUGGUAGAUGCUGUAAACUUAGAAUAUCCUUUUUUCAAAGAAAAAUUAAUGAAGGACAUUAAAACUAAAGCAUUGAAGCCUGGUGACGUUACCUCUUAUUUUAUAAAGAAAGAAAAUAUACACUGUUUAUUCACUAGUCAGUCAGCAUAUUACAGUUCACUAGAAAAAGGAUUUUUAACAAUAAAAAACUACGUAAGGAGAAGUUAUAGGAACUUUGCCAUUCAGAGUGGUCCCAUAAAACCAACUGCAUACUUUAAGCACAUAUCAAGAAUUGUGUUAUUGUUACGUUCGAUAAUUUAUGGAUCAGAAUUAUGGUUAUGCGGUGAUAAUGAUCAGACUAAUGAAAAAGAAGUGUACGAGCACUAUUGUAAACAAGUUUUUGAGGAAAUUAGACUUUCAAAAAAGUCGAAAGAUAGAAAUAAUCAUCAGAUAGGCAAAAGAAACAAUUCACCGAAAAUUAAUUUGCAAAGAACAUAAUUUUCGAAAAUCCAUAAGAAAAAACUUACACGAUUAAUCAAAAUACUAACACAGUUGUGCAUUUAA